CGUGUUCUUUUUCGUUUCCGUAUUUUUUGUCGUACGGAUUCGCGCGAGGGAAGGCGCGUCGAUUCAUGCGGGAAAGUCGGUACGACGCGACGAUCGUCUCACUUAUUUCCACCGGGCGGCGGACGAUCGUGCGGGGGUGCAGUUCGGCGGAGUGACGCGCCUCCGGCGCGGCGUUAUCGCGAACGGACUAUGCUCCUGGGAGAAGCCGCGCGCGACGGCCGUCAGGUGGCAGUAGCCGGAAAACAGUGGGACGGCGUAUAGACACCCUGCAACGGGACUGUCUUUUUCACGGGGAUCGUUGUCCGCGUUUUCUCGCGAUCAUCACGGACCUACGGCAGGAUUUUCAGUCCCCGAGGAGCCCAAUGUGGGUGGAAGUGAGAUGGCAUCCAGGGAAAAGAAACCCUUAGCGCCUUCCAAAUCGAAACAGAAGGCGAGUAGUGACUCUGGCUUGCCAUCCAAUGAAGUCAAGAAUAAGAAAGGCAAGUCAUUGCCGAAUAUAAAGCAGCAGCAAGUUGCGCAAGAGAUUUUUGAUACAGUAGCAACAGGUAGUCAGCUCUCUGCGAAACUAGAAGCAAGUUUACCACGCAGGAAUGCCCUUAAAAAUCUGAAGCGUAAGCAGAACCUAAGAGCAGCGAAGGCAAAUCUCAUUAAGUCAAAGGUUACCAAGAAAGUGACAAACAAGGACUUAUACAGGGUAGCGUGUGGCGUUAUAAGGGGUGUGAAAGCGAAAAAAGCUAAGCAGUCGGAGGAAUCAACAGUUAAGGCAGUUGAUAUUACUCUUAGACUUGCAGAAAAUCAGACAAACAACGGAGACAACGAAGGCAAAGGAACUGAAACACCAAGCAAAAGUGCCAAGAACAAUCUCAGGACCAAGAAAACCAAAUCUGACAUUCAGAAUAAGGAAGAGGCCAGUGCUUCGUCCAGUGCUAAAGUCAGUCCAAAACUUGGCAGAAAGGGGAAGGUAGCGGACAGUCCUGACUCUUUGAAGAGUGCCAAAACAGUAAAGUUAACAAACUUGAAGAAGAAUAGUAUCAAGGACAAUCUCAUAAAAGUUACGGAGGGUGAUAACAAGGGUGCAAAAAGUCGAAAGAGCACUGGUAAGGAAUUAGACUGUGGUAGUAGCGUAAAAAGCAAUUCUAGCGUUGAAAAACUUCCAAAGGCGGCUUUGGACAACAAGAGUUCUAUUGAUCUUACUAUAGACGAAGUUAUUGCUUGUUCAAUGUUGAGUGAUACUGAAGCUGAGGGCGUUACAGAUAAAACGGAAGGAAAGGUGACGAGAAGUAAGAAAAUGCUGGUGGAUGAAAAUACCGUCGGCGACGUCGAAAUAAAGAAAGAACCCGAUACUGACGACAUGAAAAUUCCAUCAGACGGAGAAUAUACAGAGACAGAUCAAGGAUUGCACAUGCAGAAUGCUAUACAGCUGAGGAAAAGAAGGAAGAUCAUCGAUUAUGCCUAUGACCAACCGCCUCAAAGAAGAAGAAAUGGAAAGCAGCGUCAAUUAUCAGAUUCCGGUAAUUCCGCAGAUAACGAUCUUAAAAAGCGUCAAAGACUAAAUUCAGAAGGAACUCUUGAUAAUUCGAUAGAACAUAUUUCUGAUUGCAAUAUAAAUACAGACUCUUGCUUUUCAGAUCCCGGUUGUAACGAAUCUCAAAGCAUUGUAGCAUCGAGUAAGAGAGAAAUUUGUUUGAUGAAGAACGAGAUGCCGAAGAAUUUUGAGGAGGAUGCCGAAACCGGAUUGGAAGUAGAGAACAAUAAUAAUAGCGAUCGUGUGGACAGAACAGCCGAAAUAGGACCGACACUGCGUUCCAAAACUAAAGCUAAAAUCGCAGAAACCGAAGCAACGAAAGACGAUGAUGCUAAAGUUGAGGACGCACGGGUGACACCUAAGCCUGCGGAAGCGCCUGCAGAAGAUUCGAAGAAACUUAAUUUAGAUCCGGUGAGAAAAGACAGUAUUUUAGUCAAAAUUGCAGAUAAAUCUAAAGGUCGUAGGAGUAGCUUAAAUAUAGAUACGAAAAAGACAGUUAAUUCUUUUUACAACACGGACAAAUCGGACGGUAAUUCAAAAUCGCAGAUAGAUCAAAUGAUCGAAAGCAUUAAAUUAAAUAUUGCCAAAUCCAUUGAGAAAAAAAUCUUUGGUCCGGAGAAGAGUCUUGGAUUAAGUAAAAACUUUGAUGCGAAGAUCGAAGAAAUCGUCGCGCCACUCAGCACAGAGUCUCAGAAAAUGGGAUUAGAAGAAAAUACCGACGAGGACAGGUCCACCGUUACAAAGAAUGAAAUCACGUCAGAUAACUCGGAAAAUUCAGUACCAAAAGUGGCUGAUACUGCCAAAGAGAUCGAAGAGAAACUAGUCAAGUUUGAUAUUGGGGAAGCCGAGACACAUUCGCAAAGCAUCCAAGAGAACAAAGCCUCCAAUAGCGACAGAAUUAACGAUGUACAUAAUACAAAUGAAUCUACAUGUAAUUUAGAUAAUAAUAAUGGUACAUCUUGCAACAACGUGGAUGAGCCAGGCGUGGAAAACGUUGGUUGCAGCACAGCCAGUAGCGCUUCAAUCACUAGCAGCGACAAUGAGUCAAAGACAUCGGACGAAAGCAGAAAGUCCGUCCCGACGAGAAAGUCUUCGAGAAUCAGUGACAAAAGUUCGGACAGCGGCAGCAGUCCCGAAGCGAGAAAGUCGAACAGGACGCCGAAUAAAGCGGUCAAAUCGGAUAAUGCGGAGGAUGUUGCAGCGGAUGCGCAAAAAUCGACGAACGAAGAAACGAUCUCGGAAGACACAACGUCUCGUCAGAUUUCAGAUAACGCCGCUUCGCCCGCAUCGAUGACUUCUGAGCAAAUCGAGGAGCGAUUUCUCGAAGAUUGUAAACAAGCAAAAGAAACGGAGGAACCGGACGCUGAUAUUUUAAAUGCUGUUUCGGAUAAUUUAGAAGAAUCGGAAACAUUGGAAAGUAUAUCUCGCGAAGUAGAAAGACUGGUGGCAGGGGAACAAUGCGUGAAGCCGUUGGCUACAAGCGAUACGAGUUUGAGCAAAGAAAUGAUUUCCGAUAUACUGGACAAGGAGCAGGAAGACGAAGAUGUAAACGAAGAGGAAGCGUCUGCUGGCUGCAUCGACAAUUCUACGCCAUCAGCUGCCAAUAGUACAAAUGGGACAAACAACAGCCAUGUAGACAGUAAGAUUGUCGAGGCAUCUGAAACGCUGCGGGAGAACGAAGCUCCUUGCAGAUCAGCACAAAGCGCGAAGCAUUUUAAACCUAACAAUAACCACUCACCAACCACCGCAAACUGUGAUUCAAAUAGUGAAUAUAGCUCUGUAAAUUCUGUGCCUACACACACGUGUACUUCUGAUCGGCGGAACGACGAAGCCGAGAAGCUCGAUCAAGACGACGACUGCAAAGAAUUAAACAAGUCCAGCGACACAUCCAACUCGGAUGAGAGCGCUUCGAAUCAACAGUCGGAGCAUAAUGAAGUCGCGCCGACAACGGAUCAGAGCAAUAAAGCGACGGACGACAAGAGUGCCGACGAGCAGAAGCCCGUUAACGAGGAAAACAGGAGAGUGUUGCGUGCUCGCGACAAGCAGAAGAAAAUGGAAAACAAACAGAAUACGCCUCGCAGUCGGGAUCACGCCGACAGCGCGAAAAUUAAAACGGAGGAAUCCAAUCCGCAGAAGGCACAAAAUUCCAACUUGCGCAGCGACGCCGACGAGAGUUCGUCCGUCGAUGGCACUAUUGUUCCCGAAAGUUCUCAGAAAGCAGAAGACACGAGCGAUUCGCAGCACAGCAAUGAAUUGGACGCGAACGAGCUUGAACCACAAGCUCGUACUCGCCGUAGUCGAGAGAUAAAGAAACGCAAAGAGGAGCUGCCGCAGCUAUCCAGCAGCUCGAAGACCAAGCGCGUCAAGCGUGAUCUGCGAAAAUCCGAUCAGCAAAACAAAGAAGAAACAUUGCUGGAUAACGAGGUAGCCAAGAUUAACGAGAACAAUAGAUCUUUCCUGAGCAAAUACGGCAGCACCGGCGUCGAGCGCACGGAGAGUUUCCGCGAAUUCUUCGAGCAGGGCGGACAAGGUGAAUUGGAUAAGAUCGAAAAGAAUUCCAAUUUGCGCAGUAAAUCGGAGAACGACAUAAGAAUCGUUGGUGGGAAAAAUGGCAAAAACGAGGAACGGCAGCUCUCGCGAAAUCUGUCCGAAAAUCACGUGUCGAAACAGGCAACUGACAAUAUGGACAUUCUGGAGAGCGAAUGCAAGACCCUGAAGACGCCGGAGCUCGCGCAGAAGGAUUCCGACGAGGCUUCAACGUCCGGCGAAUCAUCGUCGAAUAGCGGCACACCGAAGAUUUUGGAAACUCCUGAAGAUAAGGAGAGGAAGGAGUCGAUUCUGCGAUUAUUGGGAUUGGAACCCCUUGAGGAGGCCACGCAAAGAUUGCAGAAUCAGCAGAAGACUAAGAGGGAACAGUCUUCCUCAUCAGGUACUUUGAAAACAGUCAUCAGAGUAUCACAAAAGGACAAGGAUAAAGAUAAGAAAGGGUCUCGAUCCCCUUUGAAAAUGGUGCUUAAACAGCAGGGACGUGGUGACGGAGAGGGGGACUCACCUGAAUUUUACACCAUUCAAAAGGAGUUUGGAACCAGUGGUUUGGGAGAUAGCAGCUCUGGUGCGAACCGAAAGUUCACUACUAACCACAGACACUCUUGCGAUGACGAUAAUGAGGAGGCUACACCUAAGGAUCGUCAGUCGCUUGUCAUUCCAGAGAAAUCUUCUUCUUUUUCUAUUCAUCCUGGGCGCGUAUGCGCUGAUGUGUGUUGCUAUUGUUUUGGAAAAUUCGGUUCUUUAGACACACCUAUGCAUUUAGCACAAAUGAAAUCCGACGAAAGACGCAAAAAGAUCUUGAAUGUAGAAAGACAUCUUAACAAAGAUUCGUGUCUAUGCGACGCCUGCUAUCGUCAUGUUGAUAGAAAGGCGAACACUAGCCCGACAAACAUGCAGCAGAAGCCGCAGAAACAACACAGACAAUUAAUGAUAUCAAAAUGCUCAGCUCGCGAAUGCCGAGAUCCUGCACGACAUCAUGUUAAACGUCGUUGGCUGCUCAAAAUAAGACCCGGUCUCCAGAAUCAGGUCGACAUUGACUGGGAAUCGACUCAACACACCACGAUGUCGUUCUGCAUUAGUCAUUAUGAGAAGAUUGGGCGUUUCUUGACAUGUGCGCUGUGUAAACGGCGACUUGCUCGAGCGCACACUCAUCAAGUGGUUAGUGCAGAAAUCGACGAAUUGAAUCAGAUACUCGGACAACAAGGAGUUCCCGUUUCGCUGGCGGCUGGAACGUUUGUGUGCAAGCUGUGUCGAUACUUUACACAACUCCAGUUGAAGUACAAGGACAUCGAGAAUAUGAAUUCGAAUCAUAAAUCCUUUUGUAAGAGUUAUCGAAGGCGAAUCCUGCAUUAUCUCGGUAUCGAGGUUGCCGACGAUGAGGACGACGAUUCGCCGCAGCAGGCGAGCCAAGUGAAGGAUAAGAAGAGCAAGAAAGGUCCUAAGAGCGCACAGCAACUCAAGAGCGGAAGUUCCAAGUCUCCGGACCGCACAACGAGCGGCACGUCGGAGAAGUCGACUCCGGAGCCAAAUAAGAACGAGGGUACGGCGGGAUGUAGCUCCUCCGAUAUAGGCAACGAGACUCGCGCUAUAAAGACGGGUAACAUGAGCGGCGGCGAGAAUGGCAGCACGGACGCACAUUAUCUCGGCAUCGAGAGCGCGGUGGAGAAUCUGAAGAAGCGCAAGAUGCUCGACCUGUACACGACAUCGUCGUCAUGCGAUAGUGCGAUCGCGAACGAGAUGGUCGAGAUCCUCGGCAUGGACAACGAGAUCACACUGACGCGGUUGCCGAAGAAGCCGAAGGUGAAUAGUAGCAACAGCAACGACAUAACACCCGUGGUGCAAAGACUGGGCGCGAAUCCCUCCAUAAGCGUGCGUACGCUUUUCCCAGGCGAGGAAGAGAUGAAUCUUCACGUGAACGUCGAAUUUCAGAACGUGCGCGAGGUGACGCCGCAAGGAUGGGAAAAGUGCGCGACGAUGAUACAGUACGAUCGCGAGACUAAACUCCUCUGGCAGCAAUUGCAGCGACCGUACGGCAAUCAGAGCUCUUUCCUGCGACAUUUAAUUCUCUUGGAGAAGUACUACAGAGCCGGCGACCUGAUACUGGCGCCGAACGCCUCGCGGAACGCGAUCAACUACUCCACGUCCGUGCAGAAUAGACUGAUAUCAUACGAGGGCCCGGAGAAGAUGGACGAGCCGAUAAUGGAGCCGAUUGCGGCAGAGUAUAAUAAUUCGCGCCGUCUCAGCGGCGGCUACGUGCUGGAAAAGGAGAGACUGCCCGGCACGAGUUCCAUGUCUAGACCGUCGACCAGCGGCAGCAGUAUUGGUGCGAUGCCGUCGCAUUCGGUAAAUGCGAAGGUGAAUGCGCAGCAGCGGGUGCUCAAACUCAAUUCGGGAGUGUCGAUCAUCAAGAAACCGCCGCCCAAUCUGCAACGAUUAAAUUUGCCGACCAGUAGCGGCGCCAAACGGAAAGACGGACAGAAUUUGCCCCCUGUUUUUGCCGGUAAAGUAUUUCAAAUGAACGAGCCGGAGAUGCUGCGGACACAGAAACGGCAAAAACUCAAUGACAGACAGUCCGGCGCCGGUACGAGCAAUGGAUCGGUCGGCGGCACGAGCGGUGGUUUUAGGACGCAAUAUCAGAAGACGGCGGUCGCCAUUGCCGGCCACAAUCAGCAGUUCCACAAGCACCUGCGGAUGCAGCAGGAGAUGCUGAGCCGUCAGAGCCGCAGCGACUUUGAGCCGCUGAUCUGCGACAUUACGCGCACCACGGUGGCGAAUGAGAACAGCACGACAAAUCUCAUACAGAACUUCAACCUGCCGAAGUCGAUCCAGGUGACGACCAAGCCGACGUCGUCGACGAGCAAUCCGAUUCCGAUUUUGCCGAAAAUCCCGAAAUCGCUGACGGUAAUACCGCAAACCAUCACAAGACCUGCUGACAAAUGAAAGCGAGAGACGUAAGUAGACGUUAUAUACACACGGUCUCUUUUCCUUUUCGAAAGAGACAGCGCGGCAGAUAUGGAAAAUCGAUCGAAGAAGGCACGCUUCUUCACGCCAAUGUCGAUCGGACUUUGUAAUUGCCGUUAAAAACAAAAUGAAUAGAUCAUGAAUGCUCGGAGAGCAGUUUUUGCCUUAUGUGAGCGCAUCGCGAUAUGCUUACUUAUCGAGCCUGAUCGCUCAAAACGUACACGUACACGUGACACACACUGAUUUUACAGCACGGUUAAGACGAGACUAUAUAACGACUUAUACAUAUUUGUUGCAUCGAUCGUGAUCGUAAACUUGUAGAUAAGUUAGUAGGGUAAUUCGAGCAAAUUAAGACACUUCGAUUCUAACGAUAUUAUACAUAUAUAUUAACAACCAAAGCUUCAUUAUAAAACGCAUUAACGAAGAAAAAAAAACGCGUUGAACAAUGCUGUUUCCACGGAAAGUGCCUAAAAUGACACAAGCGGAAGUCGUUACUUUAUUAUUAAUUAUAUAAUUAUAUACGUGAAGUGCAAUACUGAAUCCUUGGUUCAGUAUCUAGAUACCAAUACGCAAAUUUCCAAUAAGUCGUGAUACGAUCGAUGAUAAAUGAUUAAAAGACUCGCCAGAAUCAUGAACCAAGUAGAUGUAAAGCGAUGUAACGCGAGAUUUGAAUUGGUAUUUUUUAAUACGCGAAAUGUCCAAUAAGAUAUGAUUUUCCAUGAAAAAAAUCAGUGAAAAGUAUGCAAUAAAUUUUUAGAUUGUGUGUGCGCGUGUGUGUGUGAUUGAAGAGUUUUUAAAUUUUAGAAAUUAUAUUUGAGUGGAAAGAAUUUGUAUUGAUAGAACAAUUUUUGUAAAACGUGACUACAAUUAAAACUACAAGUUCCGUACGAAUUGUUUUUCUCCUCCUUUGGAGAAGUAAAGCAGCUUUUAGAAAUAAAUUUUGCUUUAUUUGCAAUAACGUUUUACAAGGAAUUCAGUCCUGUUAUACAAACGUGACAAUUUUUUCAUACGUUCUAAAGAUUUUGCUUGAAAAAUUUAUUCUAGAUUUUUCACAAAUAUUUUUCUGUGAGAUCGUCUCUCGUCAGUUCUAUCGCGAUUUAUUGGAUACUUCGCGUAUUGUAUUUCACGUGUAUAAUUAUGUAAUUAAUGAUAAAGUAACGACUUCCAUUUGUAUUCGUAUUCUCGAAAAACUUGGUUUUCACGGAAACCACAAGAAAUCAUCUCCUCAUCCGAUUGCAUGGCAAUAUAUAUGGAUCCUUAUAUACGUAGAAUGAAUUCAUCACUUUAACAGCAUUGCAUCAGUUCUAAUUUAAGUGUACAGCUUAUUUCUUUUUUUUUUUUUUUUUUUUCCUUAAUAUUUAGUUAGGAGCAGCGGGGAGAAUAGAUUAGCUCCCUUACGAUUCAUUACACGGAAUAGGACUCAAACUCUAAAGAUUACAUUACUGAACUUGCUUACUUUACUUUUGAUUUUCUUAACCGGCAAAUCUGACAUAUCU